GCCAGCUCAGCUGGACCCGGCCACUAGUCUGCCCCUGAGCGCCUGCAGCCAAGGAAGCUUCGCUACCUCCAGCACCUCGAACCAGCGACAUGUCCGAGAGCAAGAAGCAAAGGCUGAAUCUUCAGAGAUCCACGAACGUGGUGUACCAAGCCCAUCAUGUUAGUAGGAGCAAGAGAGGACAAGUUGUGGGAACUAGAGGUGGAUUUAGAGGCUGUACAGUAUGGCUAACAGGUCUUUCUGGUGCUGGUAAGACUACCAUUGGGUUUGCACUGGAGGAGUACCUCGUGUCUCAUAGCAUCCCUUGCUACUCCCUGGAUGGGGAUAACAUCCGUCAUGGCCUGAACAAAAAUCUUGGUUUCUCAGCUGAUGAUCGAGAAGAGAACAUCCGCCGUAUUGCUGAAGUUGCCAGACUGUUUGCAGAUGCCGGCCUGGUUUGCAUCACCAGUUUCAUUUCUCCUUUCGCGAAGGAUCGUGAGGAUGCACGGAAGAUUCAUGAGACAGCUGGACUCCCUUUCUUUGAAAUCUUUGUGGAUGCUCCUCUAAACAUCUGUGAAAGCAGAGAUGUGAAGGGCCUCUACAAAAAAGCACGAGCUGGAGAAAUCAAAGGAUUCACUGGAAUUGAUUCGGAAUAUGAAAAACCUGAAAUGCCAGAACUUGUGCUGAAAACCAACAUAUUUUCAGUAUCAGAGUGCAUUCAGCAAAUUGUGGAGCUCUUACAGGAACAGAACAUUGUUCCUCCUGCUGCUAUCAAAGAUGUUCUUGAGCUGUUUGUACCAGAAAAUAAGAUGGAACAUGCACGAACUGACGCCAAUACUUUGCCUUCUAUGAAGAUUACCAAGCUGGAUCUGCAGUGGGUUCAAAUCCUGAGUGAAGGUUGGGCCACCCCAUUGAAAGGGUUUAUGCGUGAGAAGGAAUACUUGCAAGUUCUGCAUUUUGGCAUCUUGCUAGAUGGAAGGUGUAGAGUUGAUAUGUCCAAGCUUGAUGGCGUUAUUAACUUGAGCAUUCCCAUUGUGCUUCCGGUGUCUUCCGAGGAUAAGAAGCGUCUGGAAGGUUGCAGUGCCUUUACACUGGAGUACAAUGGACGGAGGGUGGCCAUACUAAAAAACCCUGAGUUUUUUGAACACAGAAAGGAAGAACGCUGCGCUCGUGUCUGGGGGACCACUUGUGCGAAGCACCCACAUGUAAAAAUGGUUAUGGAAAGUGGAGAUUGGUUGGCUGGUGGAGAUCUGUUGGUGCUAGAGAGAAUCAAGUGGAAUGAUGGGUUGGACCAAUAUCGCUUGACACCACUGGAGCUGAGGCAGAAGUUUAAAGAAAUGAAUGCAGAUGCAGUGUUUGCUUUCCAGCUGCGUAAUCCCGUGCACAAUGGGCAUGCUCUGCUAAUGCAGGACACCAAACGCCGCCUGUUUGAAAGGGGUUACAAGCAUCCUGUGUUACUCCUGCAUCCCCUUGGUGGAUGGACCAAGGAUGAUGAUGUGCCACUUGAAUGGCGCAUGAAACAGCAUUCUGCAGUGCUGGAAGAACACAUCCUGGAUCCAAAGUCAACUGUUGUAGCAAUCUUCCCUUCUCCUAUGUUGUAUGCUGGACCAACAGAGGUCCAGUGGCACUGCAGGGCUCGAAUGAUUGCUGGAGCCAGUUUCUACAUUGUAGGGCGAGAUCCAGCAGGAAUGCCCCACCCUGAAACCAAGAAAGAUCUGUACGAACCUACUCAAGGUGCAAAGGUGCUUAGCAUGGCUCCUGGACUCACUUCUGUGGAAAUCAUCCCUUUCAGAGUAGCUGCAUACAACAAAGUACAAAAAGCAAUGAUUUUCUAUGAUCCAGACAGGCACAAUGAAUUUGACUUCAUUUCUGGCACACGCAUGAGGAAGCUGGCUCGUGAAGGUGAAAAUCCCCCAGAUGGCUUCAUGGCACCUAAAGCUUGGAAAGUGUUGACAGAAUACUACACAUCCCUGGGAAAAAAUAAUUAAUUGUUCUUUUACCUUGGAAAGCCUUUGUCGAUUGAUACUUAUGCUAUAAUGUUUUGGCUUCUUUUAAUUUUUCUACUUUUAUUUGUGGAAAUUUUUUUGCAGGCCUCAUUUUGGCUUGGCUUUUUAACCCACUAAAGUUAUUAGAUGGCUUCUUAUUUGCAGGGCAAAGCCAUAAGAAGGAUUUUUAAACUUUAUGUAGAAAAGUAAAGAUCUAAAUGAUAAGUACCCAAACCAUAUUCUAUUUGAUCACUUAGCCUUUUUUGGAGGGGAGGAUAUCGUAAGUGUACAGUUGAUCAUCAAAACAUGCAUCUUCCUUGAUAACUUUAACUUAUUGCUUACAACCGGUAGUGGAGAAACAACUUGUUUUGAGAAGCAGCAAAUUGAUUGAGGAGCUUCAGCCAAACUCCACUGUGGCCUUCGUUUCCUUUGAGGAGCUUGAUGACAGAAUUGUUUUUUAAAUUAACAGUUAAAUCCUGACUCUUUGACAUAGCAGGAACAGGAAAUAUCAGAGUAAUAUAUAAUUUUCUCUCAUCAUCUCAGUAGUCAUAGUGUGCUGGCAGUGAGCUCCAAAAUUCACUUCCAGUUUUAGCUCAAUGGUUUUCAACUGGUGCUUAUCAACACUUCAUCAAUAAAAUUUACAAUGUGAGAUAAACAUGCCAGCCCAGGGGUCUGCAACCUGCGGCUCUUCAGAUGUUCAUGAACUACAAUUCCCAUCAGCCCCCAAUUGGCCAUGCUGGCAGGGACUGAUGGGAAUUGUAGUUCAUGAACAUCUGGAGAGCCGCAGGUUGCAGACCCCUGUGCCAGCCCCUCCCAGUGUUGGGUGUGAUCUAAGGCACUCUCAAUUCAAGCACCACUACAGUGAGGCCUAGCAGAUACAACCACCAACCUAGACUGAGCCCUGGAAUCCUUGGCAUUAAACAAGAGCUCAAUACAAGAUGAAAUUAUCUAGAAAGAAGAAUUUUUAAAAGCCACAAGUUUCAACAGGCACAUUUUCUAAUUCGAGAUAGGCCAGGCAAGAUCCCCUAAUUAUUUGUUAGCUCUUAGCCUCACUUUCGACUUCUCUUAGGCGGAUUCCGCAUGGGCCAAAAACAGCGGUGUGAAAACGGUGUAAAUGGCUUUACACAGUUUUCACAUCACUGUUUUUGGCCCAUGCGGAAUCCGCCUCUGACUAAUCCUUUUAUGUUAUUUUUUAAAAAGCAGGAACUGAAGUUGAAGUUACCUGAAAAUAUUUGCGCAAGGAAGAAUCUGCUUAUUUCAUUCUUCUUCCCUACGUGGUUCAUUACUCUGGCAACAAAAUUAAUCUUUCUACAUAAGAAAACAUGUCACAGAAGGCGUUUCAAGCAGUGUGAACCAGGAUAAGACAUGCAACAGAGAAGUCACUGUUGAGGAACAGUGCAGGACACAGUUAUCCAAUUUUUAUCAUCAGGGCACAGCCUGGACUUCCUUGGAGGUCUCCCAUCACUAUCCAAGGCUAGCCCUGCUUAGCAUCCAAGAUUUGAUGAUCCUGGGCCAGUGAUAGUGAACCUUUUUGAGACCAAGUGCCCAAACUGCAAC